UUUAAUUAAAACAAAUUUGAAAUGGACUUUGUUGAGGAUCAUGUGGAGUCAGCGGUGCCCACAAUUGAGACUGCCAUCGACACAAUUUUCACCCGCCUUAAGAUCAUCGCCGUGGAUGUGGAGAAGGUGCUGCGGGCCAAGGAGUUGAUGGCCAGCCUUCAGCGUCGCAACACGUUCUUCUACCUGCUGGGCCAGGACGAUGAUGGCAGCAUCGAGAAUAACCACAGCGAAAUGAGGCUGCUCACCUCCAAGAACUCGUUUCCGUCUAUAUUGAGCGCGGAUGACGAUUUCGAUGGCGAGGAGCUGAGCGAGGAUCAGUGCGGUGACUGGCAGCUCCAAGAGGAAAAUCGCUGGCAUAGCUACUUCUCCGGCUUCCAAGAACUCACCACGCGCCAUGGCGCAGACCCCAACGAUAAUCGCAAAUGCGUCCAGCUGUCUGCCAUGCUUGGUUGCGAUCAGGAAAUCAAGACCUUACUCCGUAAUGGCGUCCGGUGCUUUCUUCUGGAUCUCUUCGCGGGGAGCCAGCGCGACAAUCAGUCGCUGAUCGUGCAACUGCGCGAGGCAGAGAUCAGCGUGUCCAAGGAGUACGGCUUUCCUGUAGUCUCCACAAUUUUCGUGAAGCUCUCACCACGCUUUCAGUACACUGGCUACCUCAACCCACAACACUACAAGGGUGACCUCAAGCGCGUGGAGCUGAAGAAAGGGUGCAACCUGACAGUGACUGUCGACCGAGAGUUCUCCGACAGCAGUUCGUCGUCGAUAAUAUAUGUGAACGCCCGCUUCCUGCUGGGCGAUGUCACGACCUUUGACUUCAUCCUCAUCGGCAACGAGAUUCAGUUGACGGUGCACAGCGUGCAUCCAGAUCAUCUCAACUGCUGUGUUGUCCGUGGUGGAAUUCUUAGCUCAUACAUGCCCGUUUUGUUUCCAAAACGCUGCUCCAAGUUUCGGAUUUCCUACGAGGAGCUGGAGGAUCUGACAUUCGCCCGCGAGGUGGGAGUCAAUGUGGUAGUUUCCAACAUCGUUGGCACCGCCAAGUACCUCGAUAAUCUGGAGAAGGCCAUGGGUAUAAUGCAGUGCGAGAAUCUUCGUAUAUAUGCCAGGGUGGUGCUUAACGAUAUAAAGGGUUGCGAUGGUGAACUGAACUGGGCCACCAGGCGGUACGAUGGCUUCCUUGUGGAACUCGCAGAGCCAGAAGUAGUUCCCGAUGUCAUGCACCUGUGCCCCGAUGCCGAGUGCUUCUUACAGUUGGUCCACGCGGCCAAGAAGCCGAUCAUCUUCGAUCCCGAGAUGAUUCACGAGAAGAAGCUUCGAAUUGACCCCACCCACUACUAUUACACAUUUUACUACCCGGACAAGUACCUGGUGAAAAGCCACAAGACAAAACAGUCAUUCUACUUCAGCUUUCUGCAGAACGCCCUCUUCGAGAAAAUACCGACCGAAGCGUUAUCAAAGGUGCCCUACUGCGACAACUCGCAUACUGGCGCUGACGGCUUGGCCCGGGCCGUGGUCACCGCAGCCAUGGAGGUGCAUGCCGCUGCAAUUGUUGUUAUCGGCGUGACAGCGCGCAUGGUGCAGAAGAUUUCACACUUCCGGCCAGAGGCGCCCAUCAUCUUUGUCAGCCACAUGCGCUCUGCGGAGGACUAUGUGUCGCUAUAUUACAACGUGACCAUGCUCUCGUUCCGCACCAAACAAUUCCAUACGCAUCGUCAAAACAUAUUCCGCAAGGGCGUUUACGCCUUGGCCUAUUUGGCCAAACGUAAGAUUGUCCGCCAGCAUGACUAUGUGAUCUUGGUUUACAGCCACAAAGAAGGGACCACCUUUCCCGAGAAGUAUAUUCUCUAUAAAUUUGAUAAAUCUCAUUUUGCCGAGCAUAUGUCCGCCAUCAUGUUCCCCAAUCAGCAAGAUCAGCAAGAAUCCACUGAGGAUGCGGAUUCGAACAACUAAGAGCAUUUAGAUAUAGUAUAUAAUUUAUAUGUUUUGGUAAAUAAUCGGAAUGUGUUGAGGUGUGUUUUGCUUAGAAUAUAUGAAACAGAUAUA